AAUCAAAGAAACAUAACUUUAAACGUCACUUUGUUGUGAUCACGUGAUCGCAACAUCACCAUAAUAAAGUUGCAGUUUUUGCAAGCGUUUUAGUUCCAUUUUUACGUUAAGAUAUGCAAAGAAUGUCCUCUGAAGAGGAUCAAGAGGUUUUUGAAAUCACAGAUUUCACCACGGCUUCUGAUUGGGAAAGAUUCAUUGCAAGAAUUGAAGAAGUUUUCCAUGAAUGGAAGUUACCUCAACGCACAAGUGCACCUCCCCUUAAAAAGGGUGAGCUUUCCGAGGGAACAUGGAUAGAGAAACGAGAGCAGUUGAUGUUUGCAUCAUUUCAAUUUGAAGCAGUACAUCAUCAGUUGAAGCCAUCAUCUACAGAUUAUGAUUCAACAGUUGCUCUUGAAGAAAAUGAUGAAAGUGAACCUCUACCUUUCUGUUUGGCAGAUAUGAUGUCCAAAGAAAAUGACUUUCCUCCCAAAGCGCAUUGUUUAGUACGAUGGUAUGGACUAAGAGAGUUUAUUGUCAUUCAUCCGGCUAAGACAAAUGACGCCAUAAUGACUGAGGAUCGUACAAAAAUGCUCUUGAGCUCUGUUUAUAUUGCUGUAAAUAAUACUAGUUGCCAAAUUCCUGUGUUUGUGCAACUUCAGCAAAUGAGGCAAAAAUACUUUCUCGGCGUCUGUGAAGGAGGAGGUGUUCGAACAAGCUUUGAUAUGGUCCACCUGCAUCGUGCUUUUAAUCAGUACAGUCACCUUUCAGGGUUGCUAUCUCUUUUCAAGUCAAAAUUGGCUUCUUCAAGUUUCGAUGUUCCUCCAGUAUCAGUAUCAAUCCGGUUUACUUAUAUACUGCAAGACUGGUCCCCAUGUAGUUGGCCUCAACCGCCACCAGAAAUUGAUGAGCUAGGUGAAGAUAUAACACCAACUGAUAUUGGUAGACUUCCUAGUGGAGCAAUAGAAGAUCCAAUUUUAGAAUUUCAUUUGUCAGUGACAUGGCCUCAUUUAUUUGAAGAUGCAAUAGUGGAUAAUGAUGUGCAUUCGGACUUGAAUCCAGUUUUGUCACCUAAGUGGUCUAUGCGAAUGCGAACAGCUGAAAAGCCUAGCUGCUCUAUGGCUGAGUAUUUAAAAGAAUUUGUGUCACUUUCUUUGGGAUAUUAUUCUGAAAAUCAACUUUUGGGAAAUGUUCCUCCUGAUGAAGAUGAAACAGGAGGUCAAAAUAUUACUCAAGCUUUAGAUAAACUUGCCCAUCCCAAUCAUCCUGUUCCUUUACCGAGCCUCUCCGCUAUCCUUCCCCAACCGAGGUUAAGACGACAGUCUGAGUAUCACGAAAAUACACUGAUAAGUGAAGAAGUUCUUAUCAAAAUAUUGCAGUACAUUUUUCCUGAUUCAGCUCCUACACCUGCAGAACCGGAUUGUGAUGAAUGGAAAGACUCUGUGAAUUUUAUGAGUGACCUUCAUGCUAAUUCUGCAUUUUCUAAAAUUCAAGAACAUAUGCGUUCCUUCAAAAGUGCACCUGUCGAUAGCCUUACGUGGCGUUUAGCUCUUGCAAUGUGUCAGGUGAAUCAUAGCUAUGGAGGUCUGCCAGCAGUGGCCCAGCUCUGGCAAGACUUUUUACUUGAGAUGAGACAUCGAUGGGAAAAUAACUAUACUCUGCCAUGCCUUGAUCCAGGGACACCCAACAUGAAUUACUGCCUUCUUCAUCAGAAACUUCAGAUGCUGAACUGUUGCAUUCAGAGGAAGAAGAGCAGGGAGUGGCAGCAGCUGAGGAGUAGUGUGGAUUCCCUGCGCGAAGACUCUAGGUCACUGUCAUCCACUGGAGAAGCAGCGCCUUCCCACAUGAGUGAAAGUGAUGACGAAGAAUUCUUUGAAUGCGCUGAAAAUUCAUCCUCGUCUUCUGCCGAUUCCAGAAAUUCAAAGAAAAAGGUUUCAGAAGGUAGAUUGAGGCAACUGGGAGAAACAAGGCUCCUUUAUCACGAUGAACCUUUGUACAUUCCUCUCACUCAAGAACCAGCACCAGUUACUGAAGACAUGCUGGAAGAGCAAGCGGAAGUUUUGGUACAGCUUGGUACACACGCAGAGGGUGCAGCAUUAAGAGCUCGAAUGCAAAGUGCCUGUUUAAUGUCAGAUAUGGAAGCUUUCAAGGCUGCCAAUCCAAAAUCUGCUCUUGAAGAUUUCGUUCGAUGGUAUUCUCCACGAGAUCUCAUUGAAGAGGAAGUUGUGGACCAAGAGACUGGAAAGAAAACGACUAAAUAUUCUUUGAGUCAAAGAAUGUUAUUGCCAGGCAAUAUGUGGCUGGAAGCUUGGGAAAGUGCACGCCCGGUUCCAGCUAGACGUCAGAAACGGCUCUUUGAUGAUACAAAGGAAGCUGAAAAGGUAUUACAUUUUCUUGCUUCUGCUAAAACAUCUGAUGUUGUCACAAAUUUACUUCCCAUGUUGAUCCACUGUGCUCUGCUUCAAUUGGCUGAAGAAGAAGAAUGUCCUCAAUCACUGCCUUUGAAACUUGAAGAAACUGCCAUGAAAGCAGCUAAAGUUAUGAGAAGCCCCGUCCCCAAAUAUGAAGCUGUACUGCGAUGCCUGUACCAAGCAGAAGUCAUAGUUGCCCAGAUACAUUCAGUGAGUACAAAGUUUGGACUUGUACUGAAUGUUGAAGAACUGAUUGAGCAGGAGGGAAAAUUGACAUCUUCAUUGCAAGACAAUGAGAAAUUGUCUGAGCAACAAGAAAUACGCAAAUUUGUGCUCGAACUACUCGACAACUACGAAAUUGAUGUGCCCGGGGCUGGAAAAGGAGUAGUUGGUCGAAGAAUACGCCAUUUGUUCUCUGAGGCUCAAAGGGCUUCACACCUGAUAAUGGAUGAUAAACCACUUGGUGCACCCACAAUUCCCACCGAAACACAUUCCCAUCAUUCAAAAGUCCCAGAAUUCCCUGCUUCAUCAGGAAAAGAAUUCAUCCUGCGGACAACGAUGCCCAGGCCUCCAGGUUGCACGCCUACUCCUCAGAGAAUGUAUUGCGUCAUCACUAGGGAGGAAUUUAGAGUUGCCGGUGCCUUUACUGAAGAUACUACUUUUCUGUGAUAUAUAUUUUGUUAAUUGAUUAUUUCUUGAAUUAUUUGCAUAAAGUCUAUUUCUGAUUGUGGCUGAGCCCCUUUUUCAAUAUGAACUUUUAACUAGAACAGCGGUCACCAAGGGAUGCUUCGCUGAGCCGUAGGGCUCUGUUCGAAGGAUUACUUUUUUCCCACUAGGGUUCCUAGGUUGCCACUCCACUGGGAAAACCUGGAAAAUACAAGAAAUUUAAAAAUCACCUAAAAUAACAGGAAAAAAGUAGGGCUCUGUUCGAAGGAUUACUUUUUUCCCACUAGGGUUCCUAGGUUGCCACUCCACUGGGAAAACCUGGAAAAUACAAGAAAUUUAAAAAUCACCUAAAAUAACAGGAAAAAAGUAGGGCUCUGUUCGAAGGAUUACUUUUUUCCCACUAGGGUUCCUAGGUUGCCACUCCACUGGGAAAACCUGGAAAAUACAAGAAAUUUAAAAAUCACCUAAAAUAACAGGAAAAAAGUAGGGCUCUGUUCGAAGGAUUACUUUUUUCCCACUAGGGUUCCUAGGUUGCCACUCCACUGGGAAAACCUGGAAAAUACAAGAAAUUUAAAAAUCACCUAAAAUAACAGGAAAAAAGUAGGGCUCUGUUCGAAGGAUUACUUUUUUCCCACUAGGGUUCCUAGGUUGCCACUCCACUGGGAAAACCUGGAAAAUACAAGAAAUUUAAAAAUCACCUAAAAUAACAGGAAAAAAGUAGGGCUCUGUUCGAAGGAUUACUUUUUUCCCACUAGGGUUCCUAGGUUGCCACUCCACUGGGAAAACCUGGAAAAUACAAGAAAUUUAAAAAUCACCUAAAAUAACAGGAAAAAAGUAGGGCUCUGUUCGAAGGAUUACUUUUUUCCCACUAGGGUUCCUAGGUUGCCACUCCACUGGGAAAACCUGGAAAAUACAAGAAAUUUAAAAAUCACCUAAAAUAACAGGAAAAAAGUAGGGCUCUGUUCGAAGGAUUACUUUUUUCCCACUAGGGUUCCUAGGUUGCCACUCCACUGGGAAAACCUGGAAAAUACAAGAAAUUUAAAAAUCACCUAAAAUAACAGGAAAAAAGUAGGGCUCUGUUCGAAGGAUUACUUUUUUCCCACUAGGGUUCCUAGGUUGCCACUCCACUGGGAAAACCUGGAAAAUACAAGAAAUUUAAAAAUCACCUAAAAUAACAGGAAAAAAGUAGGGCUCUGUUCGAAGGAUUACUUUUUUCCCACUAGGGUUCCUAGGUUGCCACUCCACUGGGAAAACCUGGAAAAUACAAGAAAUUUAAAAAUCACCUAAAAUAACAGGAAAAAAGUAGGGCUCUGUUCGAAGGAUUACUUUUUUCCCACUAGGGUUCCUAGGUUGCCACUCCACUGGGAAAACCUGGAAAAUACAAGAAAUUUAAAAAUCACCUAAAAUAACAGGAAAAAAGUAGGGCUCUGUUCGAAGGAUUACUUUUUUCCCACUAGGGUUCCUAGGUUGCCACUCCACUGGGAAAACCUGGAAAAUACAAGAAAUUUAAAAAUCACCUAAAAUAACAGGAAAAAAGUAGGGCUCUGUUCGAAGGAUUACUUUUUUCCCACUAGGGUUCCUAGGUUGC